AUGAACAUCACCCACCAGUUGUCAGCCGAACGCUGUUCACACUCGGCCGACAACCACUUCGGACCCGUUGUCUCGCCGCAAUGCCGUGACUUUGACUUCACCUUGUACUUCGAGCAGGCCUUUCUGUCUUUGACGCCAUCCGUGAUGUUCAUUUUCGCUUCCUUGAUUUAUCUGCCGACUCUCACGCGUCAAACUACCAAAGUUCGCACUGACAGAUUGUAUGGAGUCAAGCUAACGUUUGCUGCCCUCUAUGCAGCUUCGCAGCUUGCUAUGAUCACAAUAUUGUCUGUACCACUAACUCCAAAGACAAAGCUUUCGCUACCGGCAUCAGUCCUUGCCUUUGCAGCUUCUCUUGUUGUAUGCCUGUUCUCGCACUUUGGCCACGUCAAAUCAAUCAGAUCUUCGACAUUAUUGAGCACUUUCCUCUUUUUUUCUUGCGUCUGCGACAUUGUACAAGGUCGCACCUUCUGGAUGCUGGCGAACUCGGGAGCAGUCUCGCAUGUCUUUACCACUGCAUUGAGUCUCAAAGUCGUAUUAUUAGUGCUCGAUGCCCAAGGAAAGCAGAAUUCGCUGUUAUCGUCGUAUCGUUGGGUUACGCCAGAAAGUCUCAGCAAUGUCUAUAGUCGGAGUGUAUUCUGGUGGCUAAAUAAGCUGUUCAUGCAAGGUUUCAAGAAGGAUCUGACUCUGGACACCCUCUUUGAGCUCGACGACCAACUCGACUCUACUAGGCUGGCUUCGGAAGCACAAAGGUCUUGGGACAGGGUUGACAAAACCAGCAAGUAUGCAUUGGGCAAGACCUUGAUGUCGUGCCUCGCAUGGCCAAUUUUGAUGCCUGCAAUCCCACGACUCGUCAUGAUAGGCUUCAAUUACUCCCAGCCUUUUCUGGUCACUCGACUUAUCGACUUGUUAAGCCAGGACAAGGCGUCCCCGGACGAUCGCAACAUUGGAUACGGUCUCAUCGGCGCCACAGCAAUCAUCUACAUAGGCAUUGCCAUCUCAACCGGUCGCUACAAACAUCAGAUCUACCGAAGUAUGACCAUGCUGCGUGGUGCUUUGGUUGCCUUGAUAUAUCACAAGACUCUAGAACUGAGACUAUCAGCCGUUGAAGACUCAGCCUCAUCAACAUUGAUGAGUACCGAUGUAGAUACUGUCAUCACGGCCACUCAGCAACUCCACGAGAUUUGGGGGAGCGCAGCUGAAGUUGCUAUCGGAAUGUAUUUGCUUGGUCGCCUGGUAGGAGUUGGAGCCGUGGCUCCGGUCUGUCUUACGAUAUUCGGCACCCUGAUCAAUUCACUCUGGGUCGGACCAGAAUUGAGUCGACGACGACCAGAAUGGAAUAAGGCUAUUCAGGAUAGAGUCGCACUGACUUCUUCAAUGUUGCACGAUAUGAAGAGUUUGAAAAUGCUAGGAUUGGUUGGAACACUGAAGGACAUACUACAAGCUCGGCGAAUCGAGGAACUGAAGCGUUCCAAAAAGGUGCGCUGGAUGAUUGUAUGGAUGAAUGCAGCUUCGAAUUUGAUGGAGACUUUCUCUCCUGCCCUUGUUUUGAUGGCGCUGUCCCUUCAACGAACAGCCACGGGACAACAACCACUGACCGCCAGUCAAGCAUACACAAUUCUUUCAAUUCUGAGUCUCGUGGCCAACCCUUUGUCAGAUGUUCUGUCCAGUAUUCCGGGAAUGAUCGGCUGCAUUGGGUGUCUUGGUCGAAUUCAGACAUACCUUCUUCAUGAAAGUAUCAAGCCGUAUCCUCUGAGAGACCGCACGGAUCUUUCCAGCCAAACCUACUCGGCCUCGGGAGAAGUCGAACUGGAUACCUUCACGCCGGAUGACGCCCCUUGCAGACUUAGUGACAAAGCUCUUGCCAUCAACAACGCGUCUUUCGGAUAUUCACCAGACUCGAUGGUUUUGCAUGACAUGACUUUCCAGGCUUCUCAAGGCUCUGUUACUAUGGUCGUCGGACCUGUUGGCUCUGGCAAAAGCACCUUGCUUCUCGGCAUUCUUGGAGAACUCUACAGCGAUCAUGGACGAGUCGAUGUUGCAAACUCAGAUGUAGCAUACUGUCAGCAGUCAGCGUGGUUGCCAAAUCAGACAAUCAAAGAAAGUAUUGUCGGUGAUGCUACUUUUGAUCAAGAUUGGUACCGAACAACUGUCGAUGCUUGCUGUCUGGAUGUCGACAUCUCUCGAAGCUCAGGUGGUGACGACGCCUUGAUUGGCAGUCGAGGCUUGACACUGAGCAGUGGACAACGAACGAGACUAUCUCUAGCAAGAGCCGUGUAUUCGAGAAAAGCGGUGGUGUUGCUCGACGAUGUCCUCAGUGACCUGGAUGCUCGAACUCAGAAUGCUAUUUUUGAGCGCCUGUUGUCACACAGAGGAUUGUUCAAGAGGAACAACAUUACUGUCAUUAUGGCAACACAUACAGUCCAAUAUUUAUACGGUGCAGAUCAUGUUAUUGCUCUUGAUUCGCAAGGUCACAUCGUUGAGCAAGGCAAUCCGACCACUCUUAGUGCUGGCGACGGCUAUGUCAACAAGCUCCUCGCACAGUCGAUGCAGACGAAGCAUGGAGAAACGCGAGAACCACGCAACGAGGUCCAGGCUCACCAACAAACAAGCUUCUUCCUAGCGCAUUCGACAAAUCCGAACAACAACGAUAUGCAAUUGCGACGCAUGGGAGAUCUCUCUAUGGUGUUAUUCUUUGGCUUGCAAUUUGGAGUCAUCACAUUCUACAAGAUUCCCCAGCUCUGGUUGAAGUGGUGGACGAGUUCAGAUGGAGCUGGAAACGAUGUCUACAUCGUUGUCAUGUUUGUAUUUGCGGUCGCCGCUUAUGUGAUCAUGAUAUGCUCGAUAAGUCUGAUGCUAAUUCGAGUUAUGCCUAUUACUGGAAGGAGUUUACACUGGACGCUUCUCUCUAUCGUUUGCGCCGCACCUAUGAGUUUCUUCACCAACACAGACAGCGGCAUCAUCUUGAAUCGAUUCAGCCAGGACAUGAAUAUCAUCGACAGCCACGUCCCCACUGCGAUUGGAGGGAUAUUCCACAGUAUAGCUUCUAUCAUGUGGGAUACUGCAUUGGUAUGCUAUGGCUCAUACUACAUGGCCGUCUGUAUUCCAGUGUUAGCGGCAGUCGUCUACUGUAUUCAGCUGUUCUACCUUCGGACCAGCCGACAAUUGCGCCUCCUUGACCUGGAACUCAAAUCGCCUCUAUUUACUCACUUCAACGGAAUGAAAGACGGCUUGGCAACGAUCAGGGCUUUUGGAUGGCAAGAGAGCUUCUAUCAGAAGUUCAUUCAAGCUCUCGAUGCUUCUCAGCGACCUUACUAUUUGCUUUACAUGAUUCAGCAAUGGCUGGGGUUAUGCCUGUCACUUCUCGUAGCAGCCGUCGCAGUCAUACUUGUUGCCUUUGCGACUCAAUUCAGAUCGCAGACGUCUGAUUCAGCAAUCGGGAUUGCUUUAGUCAACGUGAUUGGUCUCAGUACGACGCUGGCGAACCUAAUAAGGCAGUGGACCAACCUGGAGACUUCAAUUGGCUCCAUCGCUCGUCUGAAGCAACUUGAAGCGAGCGUCAAACCAGAGUCGUCGACAGGUCAGGCAGACAAGCCUCCAACCGAUUGGCCAAGUGCUGGAGCCGUAACCUACGACAACGUCUCCGCUGCUUAUGAUGAGACCGCUGCUAUUGUUCUGCACAAUGUCAAUCUUUCAAUCAGCCCUGGAGAGAAGAUCGGAGUAUGUGGCAGAACCGGAUCCGGAAAAUCCACUUUGAUCUCGUUGCUGUUCCGUAUCAUCCCUGUCAGGUCUGGCACCGUCAAGAUUGACGGACAUGAUAUCGCGACUAUAUCACACGACAGUGUCCGAGGCGCAAUCAUUGCGAUCCCGCAAUCACCAUAUAUCUUCUCCGGCUCUGUGAGGUUCAAUCUGGCUCCUGAUGCUGCCUCCGAUGACUCUUCCGGUACAGGCCAUGCGAUGAUCACGGAUGAUGAAGUAAUCACUUCGCUCAAGACCGUCGGCUUGUGGGCGAUCAUUGAACGACAUGGAGGCCUCUGGGUACCGAUCGCUGACGUUGGUCUCUCGCAAGGUCAGAAGCAACUUCUUUGCCUUGCCCGAGCGAUACUGCGAAAGGACACUUCAAGACUUCUGGUCCUGGAUGAGAUUUCUUCCAGCGUCGACAGGCAUACCGAUGAAUUGAUGCAAAGUAUCAUUGCGACCGAAUUUGAGAAACACACUGUCAUUAGUGUGGCUCAUCGUCUGAGCAGUUUGAAAGGUUGCGACAGAGUCAUUGUCAUGGACGAGGGCCGGAUUGUUGAACAAGGUGUGCCUGACGCAUUGCUUCAGAAAGAAGAUGGAUGGUGGAAGCGACUUUGGGAUGCUCAAGUCUGA